AUGGACCCUAAAACCAAAGAUCCCCCUCCGCCAACGGUGGAAGACAUCUUCCGCUACCGCUAUCAACAUGGCACGAAUCUUGGAUCCAUUUAUGUUCUUGAGAAAUGGCUGCAUCGGAGCAUGUUCGAGAAGGACGCCCCAGGCUCAAGCGAGCUAGCAGCCGUAAAACAGUCUUUGAGACACAAUGGACUAGAAGCGACGCGCCUCAAAUGGGAGAAACACUGGAAGUCAGCAUUGAAAGAUUCGGAUUUUCAUUGGCUAAAUAAUGUCGCCAGAUGUAAUUCAAUACGUCUACCAAUUGGAUAUUACACUCUUGGUCCUCAGUUUUGUGCAGGAACCCCUUUCGAAGGAGAGCCAGCACAGGUAUACCUCAAUGCUUGGGACUCAGUGAAGGCAUUGAUAGAUGCUUGCUAUCAAGAGGGUAUAGGAGUUUUGAUUGACCUUCAUGCCCUCCCUGGGGGUGCAAAUAAAGACUCCCACAGUGGAACAGAUAGCGGGAACGCGGAGCUGUGGAAAGUUGGCCAUUAUCUCUCGGUUGCUACAGACUGUGUCACUCAUAUUCUGUGUGAGGUGACUGCUCAUAAAAUGUCGAAUGUGAUUGGAAUCGAACUCUGCAAUGAACCUUCCUGGGAUGCUGGUCCGAGUUUAUGGAAAUGGUACGACGAUGUCCUAGCCCUGGCCAGUGGCAUUGAUUCAUCCUUGCCUAUAUACAUUGGAGAUUGCUGGAAUCUUCCUGUCGCCUUGGAUUAUGCUUCGAAAAAAAAUGCUUUCGAUGCAACUACCGCAACCCUGCUGAAUCCUGUGAUAGUUGAUACGCACAAGUAUUACACUUUUACGGCAAACGAUCACAGUCAGUCCCCACAACAAAUUAUAACUCGUGCCAAAGAAUCAUUAGCAGUGGCCUCAGGCAAACAAGGCAAUGUGUUCGGGCGCAAAACAGCCGUGUCAGUAUACGUCGGCGAGUACAGCUGUACGUUGGACAUCAAGACAUGGAAUAGAGUUAAUGCUUCAGAGCGUCCAACUUUGACACAAGAAUUUGGUCAGGCUCAAUCAGACAGAUAUCAAAACAAGGCUUGUGGAUCAGCUUUCUGGACAUUGAAGAUGGACUGGAUGGAUGGUGGGGAUUGGGGCUUCAAAAAACAAGUCAACACUGGCGCUAUACCACCUCCACGUGGGUUGACGCUAUCCAAGGACGACGUGGGCAGCAAAAUCAGAAGAGCGGAGAUACAGAGACCGACGCUCCUAGAUGCCACUUUGUCUCAACAUGUGGCAUAUUGGAAAAAGACCGUCCCUAACAAGACGUUUGAGCACUGGCGCUACGAGAGUGGGUGGAAUCUCGGUUUUAAAGAUGCCGGUGUCUUCUUCUGUGCUCGAAUAAAUGGCCUUGUACCAGAUGGACAACAAUCCGCAGGAGGAGACAAGAUUGGCGCACUCGAAAUGUGGAUAAGGAAACGUCUAUUCGAUGCAGGCCAACUGACCAGCCCUUUCGGAUGGCAGUGGGAACAAGGAUACCGAAAAGGCGUGAAGCAUUUUUAUGAAGCCGUCGCUAUAUAA